GCUGAUACAAAAGUGACAGAUCGCGUCAAAAUAAAAACAAUUUUGGUUUUUUUAUAUCUAGCGAUAUAUUCGCGGAAAUUAAUAAAUUAAUGGUACCAAUAAAGUUGGAUACAGAUUUCAAUAAAAAGAAGGAAAACAUUCCAAAUCAAACACAUAAAAACUAUAAUCAAAUGUAUAAAAGAGAAUUUCUCGACUUUGAGGACAUCAUGUUUACCUGCAAUCAAAAGAGGCUAAAUGAGAUUAAAUUGAAUCUACAAUUUUUCUUAUUACGUGACGAUAAAAUGCUUUGUCUUUUAUGUAACAAUUUGCAUGCACACGAUGCACAGACAAUAUAUGAACACAUAAAUACUGACAUACAUACUGCAAGACUACAUAAGAACAGUAUCGAACAUACUGAACUAUUAAAGGAGUUAAUAAAAGUACAAUCUCACGAACAUGCUAAAUGUUUUGCCUGCAAUAUUGAUGUGUGUGCAGAUUCGCACAAACAUAGAACGUCUGCACCUGGACAAUACGUUCCAAAUUAUAAAGAUCAUAUUACACAUUCCGUACACAAAACCAAUCGCAAUAUGAUGCAUGUCCGGGUUGAACAAAUAUUGAAAGAAUUUCAAGAUUUGUGGUACAGUAUUCAGUAUUUCGCUUGCGUCGAGUGCAAAGUGAGAAUCAAAACAAAGAUACAAUUUAUGAAACAUCUUAGCGCCGUACACUCUGCAGUCCUGAAAAACAAGGACAAUUCGAUGUUUGAAUUCUGUUUGACGUGUGCCACUUUAUGGUACAAAACAGAAAAAUAUGGUAUUAACAUUCGUCAAAAUUAUCAAGUACACUGUCAGCAAUCGACGCAUAAGUAUUUAAAGAAAAAUAAUGAUUUUGACAUAUCGCUGCCUCUGAAGGAUUUGCUGAGUAAGGUCAACGAAACUACUGCUAAUUUGUUUAAGUUGUCGAACGACGUAUUAAAUGAUCCGAAAGUAAUUCAACUCACGAAUGCAUUAACGCAUAUCUUUAAAACACAUCGAUUACCUGUAGAAGUGUAUAUAUUCGGCUCAAGGAUCACUGGCUUAGCAUUGCCAGAUAGUGACAUUGAUAUAUAUCUUAACUUUGGUGGCGAAUGUACCGAUCCUAAAUUAAUUAAAAACAGAAGUAAGCAAAUUCAAGACUGUCUACGUACCGACAAAAACUGGGACAUUGAAUUAACUUUGGACACGAGUAGAACACAUAUAAAAGUAAAACAUAGAUUAACGGGACUCUAUUGUGAUCUCUCGUUUAUAAAUGGUCUGUCUGUGGAAAAUUCUAAGUUUAUUAGGUUUUUCAACAUGGCAUGUCCACUGUGCCACAAGUUAACACUCUUUCUGAAAAAGUGGCUUUUGCUGAAAGGUUUGACCGGCCCUGAUGGAAUAACGAAUUAUACCCUUACCUGGCUAGUCAUCUUUUAUUUCCAAGUCAAAUUUCAAAUACCGACUAUUGCUACCUUAAUAAAAAGUUAUAAUCGAUUGAAAAUCGUUUCUAAUUGGGAAACUGAAGUUAAGAAUACUAUUCUUAUUAAUGUACCCAAGAUAUCAAUCGAGAAAUUGCUGUCGGGAUUUUUCAACUAUUACAGAAAAUUCGACUACAAACAAUUUGUAAUAUGUCCGUUAUUAGGCCAGGUAUGCUGCAAGAGAUCUUUUACGGAAGUAUCGACUUUACCUGAAUGUAUGGUCUUGUACGUUGCACAAUUGCAGAAUGAACAAUGUGAAUAUUUUCGUAUUGACUCGCCUAUGUGUGUGCAAGAUCCAUUUGAUCUCUCACACAACUUAACAAAGGCUGUACAAAUUAUAACUCUUAAACGCUUUAAAGAUUAUUGUGACACAAGUUUUUCAAUGUUACAUCAGAUUACGACUUCGCUAAAACAAAAUUAUAAAAAUUUAUAAUUGUUGGUUUUUGAAGCGAGUUUUUCUUGAUAACAAUUAUUUUUAUUAAUUUGGACUUUUGGACGAUACAUUAAUAAUCUAUUAUUUGCUAAUAAAACCAAUAGUUUUAUUAGUUUUAUUAGCAAAACAUAGUAUAAUAAGAUUAUGUUAUAUAUGUAGCAGUAUUCUGAUAAUCUAUAUAUAAUGUUUGCGAUAUACAUUGUAAUGAUGAUAAGUGUAUUCCAUUUUCUAUUGCUAUAUAUUUUAUAUUCUUUAAUAUUCUAUAAUACAUAUUCUAUAAUACAAUAUUCUAUAAUACUUUAAGAAAUAAUAUUCGAAUUGUCAACAUAAACCAGAACCUAAAAAUCUUUCCUAGGAUUUCUACAUCAGUUGCUGAACAGUCGUCAGUGAAUGAUUGUUUAAGAAGAAUAUUAAAAUAAUAAAAUGCAAAUUAAUUGAUAAUUUUUAAUCUAAUUUUUGUAUAAAUUUGAUUAAGAUAUAAUCUUUUAUUCGAACAAAAUAUAAUUAUUUUUUCUUGUUUACUGAUUGAGAUGCAAUAACUCUGUAUUUAAUCAUUUUUUCUGUACUUGCCCAAAGAUGAAAAAAAAA